AUUCGCGCUUCCUGUAUAAUGGCGUAGUUGGCGUACCCAGAAGAUUCAACUCGGCCGCUCUCUCAGGCCUGCAGUGUUUCGUCUCAAGAAAGACCCGAGUCCGGGGUGCCAAAGAUUAGCCACCGUUGCAGCAGCAGCAGCAGCAGCAGCCGCGGCGACAGUAGCAGAGAACAAUCGACUUCGCGAAGCUAGCAAUAUGUCCUGUAGCCAAGGGGACAACUUUUAAAAAAUCAUCAACAAUGUGCUAGCUAAUGGAGAAUAUAGCUAGAAUAAUUAGGGAGUAAACAAUAAAUAUGCAAACCUGGAAUCAGUGGCCAGUACCGUCAGGUACAGUCUCUACUCCUAUGCCCCCACCACCAACAGGAUAUACUGCACCUGGUGCUGAUCCUAUGGCAACAAUGCAAGCAUAUAUGCAAUAUUACAAUCAACCAGCACCAAGCGGUUACACAGCAGAACAGUGGGCAGCUGCUCAACAACAAAAUUGGGCCCAGUGGCAACAAUGGCAGCAACAGUACCAGCAAUGGCAAGCCCAAUAUGGAGAAAAGUAUCAAGAAACAAUGAAACAGUAUGGUCAACAGGCUCCACCUUUACCUUUGACAUCACAACCACCACCUCCGCCACCUAAAGAUGAGAAGCCUCCAUUACCUCCCACAAGUACUGUUAGUUCAUAUGGAUACUCAACAGCACCCCCUCCUCCGCCCAGUGGUAGCAGUGGUGGUGGUAAGCGACCAGCCAGUUCUGAGAUUGAGUCAGAUAGUGCUAAAAAAAUGAAAGAAACUGAUGAAGAACUCAGCGAGGCUGAGAAAACCUUUGAUGCUCAAUUUAAACAGUGGGAAGAAAAGUUUAACACAUGGAAAUUACAAAAUGCCAAUCAUCCUGAUAAGACCCAAUAUAAGCAGUAUGAAGCUAAAUGGACAUCAUGGCGAGAAAAACUGAUUGAACGUCGUGAGCAAAUGCGACGUAAACGGGAACAGCAAAAACUUGCUGCAGCUACAAAAAGUGAUUCCGAGAAGAAAGAUAUGUCAGGUGGUGAUAAAAUACUGAACAUCCUCUCUAGUACUGAAAAUCAAGGACAUAUUAAUAAUCUCCUGGGAAUAGGCAAAUCCUUAGGUUUGACGUCCAAACAGGAUCAAACGGCGCCUACAACUACGACAGCACAGGUUACACCUGCAGUCCCCAUGCAACAGCCAACACCAAUGGUUCCACCUCAAGUGGCAAUGACACCAAUGAUGCAGCCUACUGAUAUGACCCAAGCUUGGGCUCAGUGGGGCCAAUACACUCAGCCAAUGGCCACGCCUAUGACUAAUGCCAUGCCUCAGUAUGGCAUGCCUCCUCCUAUGUCAAUGGCCACACCAGCUCAGCCGAAUUUCUCACAGCCACCUCCAGGAUUUCCACCUGUUAAUUUGUCACAACCUCCACCUGGAUUCUCUCAACCUCCACCGACGGUUAAUACUAAUCCACCGCCACCACCGGUAUCUCAACAAUCAGUCAAUACUGGACUUCCACCUCAACAAGGUCCUAAUUACAAUCAAAGCAAUUUCAACCAACAGCAAAAUCAACAGAGAGGUCCUGGUAGUGACUCUAAUCAUAAUCAAAACAGGUUUAAUGCGCCUCCACCUGUUAAUUUCAAUAACCAAGGCGGCAACUUUAAUAACGCAGGAAAUAGAAAUAAUAAUUUUAACCCAGGAAAUAUGAGUGGAAACCAAGGUAGUAUGCCUGGAAAUCAAGGAGAUAUGGGUGGAAAUCAAGGCAAUAUGGGCAUAAAACAAGGAAAUAUGGGAAUGCAUCCAGGUAAUAUGGGCGGAAAACCAAGUAAUAUGGGAAAUCAAGGAAACAUGGGUGGUAACCAAGGACCUAUGGGUGGUAAUAAAGGAACCAUGGGUGGCAAUCAAGGUAACAGAAAUGAUUUCAAUCAAGGAAUUAAUAAUCAGAAUCGUUUUGGUGGACCCAACAAGGGUGGAAACUUUGGAAACAAUGAUAAUUUCAAUGAUAAUUGUAAUGAAGAUUACAGUAACGAUAAUUUCAAUGAUAAUGAAAACGAUAAUUUUGGAAACAAACCGCCAGCGAAAAAUCAACCAGCACCAGAAGAUACAAUGCCACCAGAGUUAAAAGAAUUAAUGGCUAAGCGAAAGGCUGCCAUAGACGUUUUCAAGCCUACUACUAGUUUUGCUAUGGAGCCAUCAUCUAAAGUUGGUUCAUUGAGUGAAAGUUUCAAAAAAGUUGACAAAUUUGGUAAUUUUGGACGGGGAAGUGGUGGAUACGAUUCCUCUGAUAAUAUGGGCAGUGACCAUCAGCGUAGCAGAUUUGGGCCUCGCGGAUUACAAGACUUUGAUCAAAGUAGUCAAGAUUUCGAUUCUAGAGGACCACACGAUUUUGACAAUGACGGUCCAAAUGCUGGAAAUAGAGGACCAAACAACUUCAACGACGGUCCGAACUUCAGAAACAGAGGUCUGAAUAACUUUAAUAAAGAUGGACCGAAUUUCGGAAACCGUGGACUGAAUGACUUUGGUAAAGAUGGACCGAAUUUCGGAAACCGAGGACCUCAUGAGUUUGGUAAAGAUGGACCGAAUUUCGGAAACCGAGGACCUCAUGACUUUGGCAAUGAUGAACCGAAUUUCGGAAACCGAGGACCUAAUGACUUUGGUAAAGAUGGACCGAAUUUCGGAAACCGUGGGCCGAACGACUUUGGAAAAGAUGGACCAAAUUUCGGAAACCGUGGGCCGAACGACUUUGGUAAAGAUGGACCGAAUUUCGGAAACCGUGGACUGAAUGACUUUUGUAAAGAUGGACCGAAUUUCGGAAACCGUGGACCGAAUGACUUUGGAAAAGAUGGACCGAAUUUCGGAAACCGUGGACCGAAUGACUUUGGUAAAGAUGGACCGAAUUUCGGAAACCGUGGACCGAAUGACUUUGGAAAAGAUGGACCAAAUUUCGGAAACCGUGGACCGAAUGACUUUGGUAAAGAUGGGCCGAAUUUCGGAAACCGUGGACCACAUGACUUUGGAAAAGAUGGACCGAAUUUCGGAAACCGUGGACCGAAUGACUUUGGUAAAGAUGGACCCAGUUUUGGUAUGAGAGGACCAAACAACUUUGGCAACGACGGUCCAAACUUUGGAAAUAAAGGACCGAAUAACUUUGGUAAUGACGGUCCAAGCUUUGGUAACCGUGGGCCGAAUAACUUCAAAAACGAUGGACCAAACUUUGGAAAUCGAGGUCCGAAUAACUUUGGAAAAGACGGUCCGAAUUUCGGAAAUAGAGGAUCGAAAGACUUUGGCAAUGAUGGUCCUAAUUUUGGAAAUAGAGGACCGAAUGACUUUGGUAAUGAUGGCCCCAACUUUGGAAAUAGAGGGCCGAAUGAUUUCUGCAAUGAUGGACCCAACUUUGGAAAUAGAGGGCCGAAUGAUUUUUGCAAUGACGGACCCAACUUUGGAAAUAGAGGUUCGAAUGACUUUGGAAAUGAUGGACCUGGUUUUGGAAAUAGAGGGCCGCCGAAUGACUUCGGAAAUGAUGGACCUGGUUUCGGAAACAGAGGUCCAAACGAUUUUAACUGCGGUCCAAACUUUGGAAAUAGAGGUCCCAAUAAUUUCGGUAAUAGAGGACCUAAUAAUUUCAAUAACGAUGGUCCUAACAAUUUCGGAAACAGAGGUCCGAAUAAUUUCAAUAAUAGAGGACCGAAUAACUUUUGCAAUGAUGGACCUAAUAAUUUCGGAAAUCGAGGGCCGAACAAUUUUGGCAAUGAUGGUCCAAAUAAUUUCGGUAAUCGAGGUCCAAAUAAUUUCGGCAAUGAUGGUCCUGGCAAUUUUGGUAAUGAUGGUCCUGGAAAUUUCGGAAACCGAGGCCCUAAUAAUUUUGGUAACAGAAGUCUUAAUAACUUUGAUAAUGACGGUCAAAACUUUAGAAAUAAAGGGCAAAAUAAUUUUGGAAACGACGGGCCAAACUUUAAAAACAGGGGUGAUUUUGAUAAUGUUGGGCCAAACUUUGGAAACAGGGGUCCAAACGACUUUGGCAGUAAUGAGCCAAACUUUGGCAAUCGAGGCCCAAAUAACUUCGGUAAUAAAGGCCCUGGCAAUUUACCUAAUGAUAUGUCAAACAAUUUAGGAAAUAAAGGUCCGAACGCUUUCGAGAACAAUUGUCCUCUGGAGUUUAAUAAGGCUCCUAACAAAAAAGGCAAAAAUAAAAAGAACAAAAUCUCAAAAACCCAAGAAGCUUUAGGAAAUUUCAAUAAUAUGCCAGGCCAACGAGGAAAUCAAGGAUUCAACUUAGAUUCUGCAGAUCCAAAAGGCUCAAAUCAACCUGAUUUUAGUUUAUCGUCUCCACAAUUUGAAAUGGAUUCAAAUUUUAUGUCGGAUAAUAAGGUUGAGCAAGAUCAAAAUAAACCAGAUAAUGAAAAUGAUCUACCCAAUGCAAGUGAAAAUAAGGAACUUUUAGAUAAAAAUCAGUUAGAAAAAUUAGAAUCUACAGAUAAAUCUGUCGUUGAAGAGAGCAAAAAGAUCGAGCAGCCUAUUAAUCCUAUGCUAGACGAAUCAGCUUGGAUUCCAUGCGAGGAAGAACCAAAUCCCGUUAGUCAGGAACCCGAAAUUGAAUCAUCAACCGAUAUUGAAAAAGCUUUAGAUGCCAAUCCUGAACCACCAGAAUUGGUUGAUAACUCGGAGCAUAACACUGAAGAGAAGCAACAGAAAUCUGACAGUUUGCCAUUCAUGGGAGCAGAAGAUCUAAUGCCCAAGGACUUGAAUUUGGAACCACCACCCGAAGAGCCUAACGUAGCUAUGAUAUCUACAUUAGAAGAACCCCCGAUGCCGUCGUUUAGCGACGAUAUUACUCUCGAUGACACCAAUGAUUUUAUUCGUCCUCCUUCUGCUGAACCCUGUUCGUCGGAUUUCAACGAACUUCCAAUGAAUCAAAGCAGUUUUCCACCAUUCGACUCUGAAAGUUUUAACAAUGCUCCAUUAUCAUUUGAACCGCAUAAGGCUAUAAAUCAGCCUCCUGUAGGCCCUCCGUCAACUCAAAAGUCUAUUCCAUCCCUCUUAGAUUUAAAAAUAAUUCCUCCUCCAAAAAUGAAAAUACCUCCUAGAUCAACUUAUGAUGAAGAAGAUCCUAAUGAAACAUCUGAGCCAGAUAAAGAUCCUUUUGGUGAGUCGUUUGAAAAUAACAAACCAUUCGGUCCUGGAGAUUCCGGACCAUUUGGACCUAACAGGCCACCGUUUGUUAAAGAUGGUCCGAAAGACACGGCUAGAAAUUUCGGAGCAGGCGCUUCGGGUCCUUUCGGCUCAAACAAGCCUCCGUUUGCUAGAGAUAGUCCUCAGGAUUUGGAUAGACCGUUUGGACCCGGAGGUCUUGGACAUUUUGGAUCUAGUAGGCCGCCGUUUAAUAAAGAGGGACCAAUGGAUAUGGAUAGAAAGUUCGGUCCUGAAGGGCCAGGUCCAUUCGGACCUAACAGGCCUCAAUUCGGCAGAGAUGAUCCUCAGGAUAUGAAUAAAAAUUUUGGAUCAGGUGGACCGGGUCCAUUCGGGUCUAAUAGACCACCCUUUGGCAAAGAUGGUCCACACGAUAUGGAUAGGAAUUUCGGGCCAGGAGGGCCAGGCUCAUUAGGUUCUAAUAGAACACCAUUUGGUAAAGAUGGUGCGCAGGAUAUGGAUAGAAAUUUUGGACCGGGUGGACCACCUCCAUUCGGACCUAAUAGACCGCCGUUUGAUAAAGAUGGUCCGCGCGAUAUGGAUAGAAAUUUUGGACCGGAUGGACCACCUCCAUUCGGAAUUAAUAGACCACCGUUUGGUAAAGAUGGUCCGCAUGAUAUGGAUAGAAAUUUUGGAUCGGAUGGACCACCUCCAUUCGGACCUAAUAGACCGCCGUUUGGUAAAGAUGGUCCACACGAUAUGGAUAGAAACUUCGGACCAGGAGGGCAAAGUUCAUUUGGACCUAAUAGGCCGCCGUUUGGUAAAGAUGGUCCACAAGGUAUGGAUAAGAAUUUCGGACCAGGAGGCUCGGGUUCUCUUGGCCCUAUAAAGUCUCCAUUUGGACGGGAUGGUCUUCAGGAAAUGGAUAGAAACUCGGGCCCACCGGGAUCCAGCAAAUCUUCAUUUGGAAAAGAUGGUCCCCACGACAUAGAUUCUAGUAAUAAAAAAUCAGGAGACAAAAAAUUACCAUUGAAUAAUGAUAAGAGUAAGAUAUCAAUAGGUAGUCCGUUACUUGUUUUGACUCGAAUCGAUUCAAAUUUUGUAAAAGAUAAGAAAUUGGGACUUUUGGGUGCUGCCCCUGGAUUGUUGAAUCCAGGACCUGGUAUUUUGGGCCCAGCACCGGGGUUUAUGUCUUUCCCUAAGCCUGUAGAUGCUUCAAUCAAACCCUUUGAAAAAGGUGACAAUAGUAAUGCAGAUGUUGUCAAACCAUUAACCGAGGAUAAACAAGCAGAUAGCGAAAAGGAACAAGAUUCAGAAGGUAAUGCUAAAGAUUCUUUGAAUCCAGCAUCACUUCCACAGGAUGGUGAACAGUCAGAUCAAGAUGCAUCAAUGGAUACAGACGCUCGUAAUGUUGGCCCUGAAGCUCCAGAUUCUAGCAAAGAAAAUGCUGAAGAUUCCACUAGAAAUUUUAAAAAGUUUGGACCUGAAGGCUUGCGCAAUAGAGGUCCAGCUUUCAAUUUCCAAGCAUCGUUCGGUGUAGACCAACCAGACAGCGAACAUAAACAUAAAUCCACAUUUGAAAAACCGGCCGUUCCAUUUGAUAGGCCGGGUGGGCCAUUUGAUAGGUCAGGUGGUCCAUUUGAUAGGCCAAGUGGUCUAUUUGAUAAACCGGCUGCUUCAUUUGACAGACCAGGAGGUUCAUUUGAUAAACCGGGCGCUCCAUUUGAUAGACCAGGGGCUGGCCCAUUUGACAAACCGGCAGGCCCGUUUGACCGGCCAGGUCCUUUAUUCGAUAGACCAGGAGGUUCAUUUGAUAAACCAAAACCAACACCUUUAUUUGAUAGGUCCUUUGAUAAACCAGGUGCUCCAUUCGAUAGAUCUGGUAGCGGCUCUUUUGAGAAGCCCGGUAAAUUCGCACCGCCGAUAAGAGGAGCCUUGAACGAUGAUUUCAGAGAUGCAGGACCAGAAUUUCAUGUAGGCAAACAGUUUAACUAUAAUCAUGGAGGUACUUCGAAAAAUAAAAACGAAUUCGUAGCACCUGCCAAAGUUAUAGAUUACGCACAUGAAAAAAAAUCAAGCGUAACCGAAUUCGUAGAACCUAUUUUCGCGUUCGACUACGGACAUGGAAAAUUACAUCCUAAUGUACCCAACUUGAGUGCAGAUUUCAAAAACUGGGAAGAGAAUGAGAAGAACUUAUCAGAAUAUCACGAAGAAAUGAAGAGAAGAAGUGAGAAAAUUGGUAAAGUCUGGACAGCAAGUCCGCCUCGAUUAGUUAAUACUUUACUGUGGGAAGAAGCUAGGUCUUUGGCUACAGAUAAAGUAGAAAAAAGUGACAUUCGCGAAAGUGAGAAAGAUCGAGAUGAACGGCGCAAGGAUAAAGAUGAGCGCCGCGAAAUGGAUAAGGAUGAACGUUUGCAUGAUAGACUACGCGAUAAAGAUCGUGACAGGGAUCGUGAUAAGAAUCGUGAUAAGGAACGUGAUAAGGAUCGAGACAAGGAUCGUAACAAGGAUCGCGGUCGUGAUAAGGAUCGAGACGAUCGUUAUAAUGAUCGGAUCCGCAGUGAAAAAGAUCGAGACGAUCGUUAUAGAGACAGUGAUCGUUAUUCUGAGCGAAGCCGUGAUCGUGAUCGAGACUAUCGACAUAGAAGCUCCGAUCGCGAUAGAGAUAAGAGCCGAGACAAGGAUAGGGAUAGGGAUAGGGAAAGGGAGAGGGAGAGGGAGAGGGAGAGGGAGAGAGAUAGGGAUAGGGACAGGGAUAGGGAUGAACGUUAUAAAGAUCGAGAUGACCGAUACAAGGAUCGAGAGGAUAGAUACAAAGAUCGUAAAGAUCGAUCUCACGAUAAGGAUCGAGAAGACAGACAUAAAGAUAGAGGGCAUGAUAAGGAUCGUGAUGACAGACACAAAGAUAGAUCAGAUAAGGACUCAAAAGACAGAAAUGCAGACAAAGAUCGUGAUGAGAAAAACGAAAAGGAUAAAGAUAUGCGAAUUAAGCCUGAUAAAUCUGCAGAUAAAAAAGAUGAAGAGAUUGCAGCAGGCGAAAAAAGUUCUAGUCCAGAUAAGAAUAAAGAAGCAGAAGAAAAGGACAAAUCGAAAGAAAAUGAAAAGGUUGAAGACAGAUCUAAGGGGAGUGUUAGCUGGCAGGACUCCGCCGCCAAUAUUCCAACUGACACUACUCCCCUGCAGGAUUCCAGCCUUCCAGAAAUCAAGCAAAAUGUUUUGGAUAUUGCACCAAAAAUUAUGGAACUACCAAAAACGCCAAACCUCACAAUGGUUGAUGAUCUUCUUUGUUCUCCCAGUCGGUUAACAAGGCCACCCAAGAUUGCCAUAAUUCUCAGAGGUCCACCAGGAAGUGGGAAAUCCUUUGUAGCUAAGUUAAUCAAGGAUAAGGAGGUCGCUCAGGGAGGUUCUGCACCAAGGAUACUGAGCAUCGAUGACUACUUCCUCGUUGAAAAAGAUUCAGCUCCAGGCGAUGAUAAGGCAGAUGAAAUGGAAUACAAAUACGAAGAAGCGAUGGAACCAGAAUAUUUCAACCAUUUAGUCAAAGCAUUUAAGAAAAAUGUCACUGAUGGCUUUUUCAACUUUAUUAUAUUAGAUAGUAUUAAUGAGAAAAUCUCAGACUAUGAAGAAAUGUGGAGUUUUGCCAAAACGAAAGGCUUCAAAGUUUACGUGUGCGAAAUGGAAAUGGAUGUGCAAAUAUGCUUGAAAAGAAAUAUUCAUAAGCGCUCGGAAGAUGAAAUUAACAGGAUAGUAGACUAUUUUGAACCAUCUCCAAGCCAUCACCACAAACUAGAUGUCACGUCUCUACUGCAAGAGCAAGCUAUUGAAGAUGUUGAAAUGGAAGAUGUUCAAGAGGCCCCAAAGGAAGAUGUCAAAGAAAAAGAAAAAGAGAAAGAAGGUGAACCAGCUAAUGAUGACAGUCAAGACAGUCAGGAAGAUACAGAGAAAACGGGAGUUAGUAAAUGGGAAAAAAUGGAAGCAGAGGACAAGUUAGAUCGACUCGACGGUCUGAAACGAAAGCACGAAAAUAAACCUCAAACUAUGGAAGAUUUUCUGCAGGUACCUGACUAUUAUAACGUGGAAGAUGGUUCUGGAAAGAAACACGUCAGAUGGGCCGAUCUAGAGGAACGAAAACAACAGGAGAAAAUGCGUGCAGUUGGAUUUGUUGUUGGUCACACAAACUGGAACCGAAUGAUGGAUCCAACCUACGGAGGCAGCGCACUCACACGCACAAAGCGUAACUGGACUGUGCAAUCAUGGAGAUACAACCAACGUAUAUAGUCAUAGCAAUAAAUUCAAAGGCGCAUCGUUCACAAUAUAUAGAUAUUGUAUAGACAUGAUACUAUGUUGAAUCUCAUAUUCUCAGAAGCUCAAGUUUACAACAUAAAAGGAUACUACUUAAAAAAAUGUGCCACUAAGAAAUAAUAUUUUUGAAUGAUAAUCCUGUGCAACACUAAAAGGAAUGGCUUGUACAUUUUGGAGAUGGCAUCGAUAGGGUAAGAUUUAUCAAUAUUUUUCAAAAAUUCUUUUAUUUCGUAGCGUACAUUAUCAUAUAGCAAACCUUGUUUAACAUAACCUAUCAAGUGCCUGUUAGAUUUCAAAUGAAAUAUGAAAUAUAGCGAAACCUAAAGUAUAAAAUAGCUAACUGAAACAAUUUGCUAUGUAUGAUUGGCAAACACUUUUUAAAAUAAAUUUUGAUAAAACAUUUACAUAUAUAUGCACAUACUAUUCAUGUGAAUUUCUUAUCUUUUCAUGUACGAGUUCGUCAUCCCACAAAUACUCUUCGAUGAAAUUGGAACCACAGUAGGAAAUCUCGUUUUUGUAGCAGCUUAUGUAUCUAACUUGCCUAAACAAGAGGAACUGCUUAAGCAUACAUUUUAUAUCGUGAUACAGAUAUAAGGUAUUGACAAUUUUUUUUUUAAAUAUUCUUUACAUCUAAUAAUUUAUCAUACAUAGAUAUAUAGGUUCUAAAAUAGGUUAAAAAACAUUUUGUACACGACUGCAGCAAAUUACUAAUAAAAAGGUGCUCGAUAAA